AUGGGUAUCAGCGAAUCUCAUCAUGUCCAUCCAGACUUAAAGUCUCUUGUCCUUACCUCUGACCAAAUCAACGCUCUCUAUGAAAACUCCAAACUUUUUGAAUCUUCUCGUUCUUUAUCAGUUCAAGAAAUUGAGCCAGUUUUAUCACUUUCCCCAUCUCAAUGUGAACUAGUAGGGCAGCUCUUUGACCCAUCCUCAAGCGGAAAAAUUGAUGUUUAUGAGCUUAUAGGAGGCUUGAUAAUCAUUUCAGACUCAUCACUAGAAACCAAAGCAAAUCUGCUAUUCCAGCUAUACGAUUUAGAUCAUUCCCUUUCUAUUUCUUUUGAUGAGCUUCUUGUGAUGCUCACAACUGGGAUGAAUGCCCUUUGCCAUAUGACAGGAGCACCAGCCUUCUCACCUGACCACCUAAAUGAGCAUACUCAUAGGGUAUUUGACAAAGUUGAUGUCAAUCAUGAUAAUACAAUCUCCAUUAGGGAAUGGGUCAGCUUUAUUACACGAGAUAUAGAGCUUGUGCAAAUACUUGAAAAGCUUGAACUUAUUACGACUGAAGAUAAACGCCCUAACUGGGGAAGUGAAGAAAGCCCAGAAGUUGACAGUGACUUAGAAAAUGAAACUGACAAGAAAAAGUUCAAGAGAACUGCGGUACAAGAAAAAGUGAAAAACGGAGAAGAAAAUUACUUUGAUAUUGUUGAAGUAGGAGAAGGCGAUCAGUUUGGAGCUGUAAAACCAUGGGAAGCAGCAGUUAGAUCUUCAGUUCCAACUGGGUAUAGAAGAAAAGCUGGAGAUGACGACCCUCCAGAUGCAAAUUUAGAACUUGAAUAUGUAUAUGGCUACAGAAGUCAUGAUGUCAGAAAUAAUAUAAAAUACACUGCAAAUGGAGACGUCCUUUAUCAUACAGCCGCUAUAGGAGUUGCCCUUAACACUUCUGCUAAUACCCAAAACCAUUUUAUUGCCCACACUGACGAUAUCAUUUCUUUUGAUAUAAGCCCAGAUGGGACUCUUGCAGCCACAGGUGAAAUCGGAAAAAGUCCUUUAUUAUGUGUCUGGAAUACAGAAACAAUGGAAUGCCUCAAAACUUUUAAAGGAGUUUUUACCAAAGGUAUCUCGAUAAUCACUUUUUCUCCUGACGGAAGCCAAAUAGCCGCUAUGGGCGCUGACGAUGACCAUUGUGUAGUGAUUUAUGACAUAAAUAAAACAACAGGAAAAUCAGGAGCUAUGCAAAAUGUGUCUGCGACUGGAAAGGCUGGUAAAGACAAUUUUAUGGAUUUAAAGUUCCACCCUACCAUUCCUAAUAAACUUAUUGCUUGUGGAGUUAAAGUCUAUGAAGUUUUGACCAUAAACAGCAAUACAAUUACAGCGAAAAAAGGUAUUGGCUGGAAUAAGACCCCAAAUACUCAGCAACAAGCUUUAGUAAGUAUCGGCUUUAUUAGUGGCACUCCAGUGACUGGUGCUUUUAAUGGCUGCAUUUUUAGAUGGAAUGAAAAUACGCUAGGAGAUGCCGUCAAAGUCCACGAGUCAAGCAUUAUUUGUCUAUCACAGAGACCUGCAGGAAAUGGAAUUAUUUCAGGAGGAAAUGAUGGGAUGAUCCAUAUUCUAGACGAAAGAUUGGCCAAAAUACAAAGUUUUGAUAUAAAAUCUGCAGGUAGUCUGCUACCAAAGAUUAGAAGUGUAUUUGAAGGAAGAAAUGGGAAGAUUUUGGUAGGGACUAGAGCUAGUGAAAUAUAUGAAAUUUCUGGCGCAGAAAGCAGGAUAGUAAUGAAAGGGCAUUAUGAUAAAGAACUCUGGGGACUUGCCACACAUCCUAGCCAAACUAAAUUUGCAACUGCUGGACAAGACUGCUUACUAUCUAUUUGGGACUCAUCUACAAAGAUCCAAAUAAACCAAGCUAAGCUAGAAGCUGCUUGUAUGACAGUUGACUAUUCUCCCAAUGGUGACUUAAUAGCUGUCGGUCUCGAGUCAGGCAAAAUUCUCAUCUACAACUCAGAAUCCUUACAAAUCCUCCACUCAGCCCAUGACCGCAAAAAGCCAAUCUCAGAAAUAAAAUUUUCCCCUGACAGCUCUCAUUUAGCUGUAGGAGCUCACGAUGCUUUAAUAUUUAUUUACGAAGUAGGCAGCUUCAGACUUCUCCAUAAAAUGAAAGGUCACAGCUCUGCAAUUACUCAUAUUGACUUUUCUAUGAAUGGACAUAUUAUCCAGUCAAAUAGUAUGAGCUAUGAAAUCCUUUAUCAUGAUAUCACUAAUGGAAAACACCUACCUGGUGGCUCAUCUGAAUUUAAAGAUGAAGCCUGGAAAACUUGGUCUUGCAUUAUUGGAUGGCCUGUUCAAGGAAUUUGGCCACCUUGCUCUGAUGGGACUGAUGUAAAUGCAUUGAAUAGAAGUCCUUCGAGAAGAGUGGUAGCGACUGCUGAUGACUUUGGGCAGGUAAAACUGUUUAAGUAUCCAUGUGCAGUUAAAGGGUCAGGGUUCAAUGCAUAUAGAGGACAUUCAGCUCAUGUCACUAAUUGUAGGUUCCUUGGAGAUAAACUAAUUACAACUGGAGGAGGUGAUAAAGCUAUUUUCCAAUGGAGUUUUCAUGAAGAAGGAGCUGAAGAAAUCCAAGAAGAGCCUAUAGAGCAAGCUGAAGAAAAAUCAGUCGCCAAAAAGCCUAUUAAAUCAGAAAUCAUCUUAUCAUGGCAAGAUGAAGUAAAAACUGCUUCACCUACAGGAUUCUCAGCAAUUCCAGCCCUUGCCAAAAUGCCUGACGAAGAAAUUGAUAUUUUCCAUGCGUUUGGAUACAAUGCUCCUAGAGAUAAUUUGAAAUUCCUCAGUGAUGGAAAAAUAAUUUACCCUGCAUCCACAUUUGGAGUUCUAUUAGACCCAUCGUCAAAAAUUCAGCAAUAUUAUAAACUCCAUACAGGAGAAGUCACUUCUCUUGCAUUACACCCUAACAAAAAGCUAGUAGCAACUGGGGCAUAUAGCAAGCUUAAAGGUUCUAAGCCUGAAAUCCACAUCUGGGACUCAGAAACUAUGCAAAAUGUCUGCUCACUUGCGGGUUUCCAUACAAGUUCUAUAAGAUUUCUCAAUUUUUCACCAAAUGGAGCCAAACUUUUAUCAGUAGGCACUGAUAGUGACCAUAGUCUGGCAGUCUAUGACUGGCAAAAUAACAGGCUAAUCUGCAGCACUAAAGUGGAUAAAGGACUGGUUAAUGGGGCUUUAUUUGUUUCCAAUACUGAAUUGGUAAUUUUUGGGCCGAAAUUUAUAAAAUUCUUUACUGCAGCUAGCCAAAACUGCACAGCAACUAAAGGAAAUUCAGCUGUAAAAGCUUUUGAAGAACAAUACUGUGGAGUUUUUUAUAAUAAGAAAUUAGUGACUGGGACAAAGCAAGGGAAUUUGUUUAUAUGGGAUGGGAAAAAUUUAGAAAGAUACAUAAAAGCUCAUGAUGGAAGCGUCCUUUCUUUGUGUGCCCUUGAGCAACAGCUUAUUAGUGGAGGGUCUGAAGGGACUGUGAAGCAAUGGGACAGCUCGUUUAGAAGCUUAAGAAGCUUUGCGAUUAGUCAGUUUACUAGUUAUGGAAUUAGGUCAAUUGAUGUAAAUGGGGAAGGAAAUGUCCUGGUAGGAACGAAAUCGUCACAGAUUUUGAAUAUUUCUGGAUGGGAAAAUGCAAGUGUGAUAAACCCAGGAAGCUUUGAAGGAGAAUUAAAAGGAUUGGCGGCUCAUCCAAGGGUAGCAAGUAUUUUUGCUACGUGUGGAGGAGAUAAAGCAUUGAGAUUGUGGGAUAUUGAUCAAAAAUCUGCAAUUGCUUCGAUUGAUUCACAAGAACCAUUUGUGUCUAUUGACUGGUCUUCAAAUGGACUAUUCUUACUUCCUCUAAGAAUCAGCAAGAUAGGAAAAAAGCUCGAUUUUUAAAGAGACCAAAGCUCAUAAUAGAAAAAAAAUUAUUCAUCAUUUUUGCAUGGAAAUGCUCUAUAUUUAUUAUAUUAGAAUUUUGCUAUUUAAAUAAAACAAAUUAUUAAUAAAUAAAUAAAAAACGCUUCAGUAAAUAAUAAAAAUUGCUCUUAAGUGCAAAGAGGAGCUAGCAGCAGUCGUAGCAUCAGGAAAAUUAACCCUAUUUGAUGCUGGAAAUCUACCAAACCUUUCUGCCUCGCAUCUAUUCCAUAAGUCAGCUGGCUCUGAAGCAACAUCAGUUAAAUUUUCCCCUGAUAAUGAAAAAAUCGCCUUAGGAUUUGCAGGAGGCGAUAUCCAAAUCAUAACAAUAAGUGGCAGCAAUUUAUCCAUUACUUCAGAAAUUAAGCCAGACAUAUCAGGAGGUAUUGAGCAUUUAUCCUGGUCUUCAGAUUCCUCAAUUCUCGCCGUUAACACUUCCAAAGCUGAGCUCAGAUUUAUAAGCAUAAACUCUCAGUCUUCUGUUCCUUUUGAAUCCAUCAAAGAUCUUGAAUGGAGAAACUGGACUUGUCCAUUAGGAUGGCAAUCACAAUCAGCCUGACAAGAAGGUCUUAAGACCAUUGCAGUCUGCAGCUCGAACAAUGGAAAACUACUUGCUACAAGUGACGAAAAUCAAAGGAUUAACCUUUAUAAAUACCCAGCAGUAGCCCCAAAACAAGCUUGCAAGUCAUUUAAAGGCCACUCAUCUCCAGCCUCCUCUUUAAGGUUUUCUGCUGAUGAUAAUUACCUUAUCUCCAUUGCAGAGCAAAGUAUUUUAAUAUGGAAAACUGACAUAAAUGAGCCUCAUGAAGUAGAAGAAGCCGAAGAAGAAAAAUCAGAAGAGCCUGAAGAAAUCACCACAACAGAAAUCCUUCAAAAGAAAGCUGACAAAAAAGAAAAAGCUAAAGCUAAGCUUGAAGACGGAAACGCCGAAGAAGACUUUUUUAAGCUCGAAGAAGCAGGCCAAGGCGAUGAAUUUAUGGCGACCAAACCUUGGAUUGGUGCCUUAAAAGCUCCUUCAGAUUUCAAAAGACCUACUAGGAACCAAAAACUCGCCCCAGCUGUUGACAUUGAGUUAGAAUUUGUCCAUGGCUAUAGAGGAAAAGACUGCAGAAACAACUUAUUAUAUCUCCCUGACGGAAGACUUAUAUAUCAUGCUGCUGGACUUGGAAUUAUUUAUGAAAGAGACUCCCAUUCUCAGUCAUUUUUCAAUAAACAUGUCGAUGAUGUCACUGCAUUUGCCUUAAGCCCUAAUAAAGAAUUAGCAGCUACAGGAGAAGUAGGAAGGAGGCCAAGCAUUUAUGUGUGGGAUACUUCUUCAUUAAUGCCAGUAGCACAGUUUAAGAAACCGAUUGAAAAUGGUGUAGCUGCUCUUGCAUUUUCUCCUUCUGGAGGGAUGCUUGUAGCUGUUAGUGCUGGAGAUGACCACAAUGUAGCGGUCUUUAAUUUGAAAACAGGGGCUGUUAUUUGUUUUGUUAAAGGAGAUAGAGAAAAAAAUCCUUAACGUAGUCAGAAAUAAAAUGGAGAUGUUGGCGAAAAUUGAUCUUCGAGGAGCACUCCCUAUGGUUGGAUUCGUCUAAUGAAGCUGAAUUAGGGCCCCUGUGCCUUUUGAAGUAGGCCUUGGGCUUGGGGAGAGGGAAGUUUUGUUUCUCCCCUGAAGGUUUUCCCUGUCCCUGCCAGGUGGGCAAGACAUUUUUGUCUCUAAAAGUCUUCUUCUAUCGGGACUAUAGGGGUACCGACAGAGGGUGGCUUUGACCUAGGGAGUUGAUUCUUAGAUAGGUUAGUCUUGCCAGAAAAUUCAAGAAGAUAAAAUUUUGGCUGGGCCUUACACCAUUCACACUUGGUGUAUAUGCACCCAGCGUAGGCCACAUUUACUAAAGUCAAGGUAGUCCAGAAAAUGGGUCUCGCUUAUGGCCAUAAAGUCUUAAUCCUUACCGUAGUCUUUACUGCCGAAAGCUCAUUUGUGACUGUUGGGAUCAAGCAUUAUAAAGCCUGAAGUCUUGCUGGAGGAACUGUGACUGGCAAAAAAGGAGUUUUUGGAAAAAAUAAUACAAAUUUGUUAAGCGCGAUUGCAAUUGGAGCUGAUGUGUAUACAGGAGCAGGAUCUGGAGAGAUUAUUAAAUGGAAAGGAACUGGAGCAGUUAAAGCUUAUGAAGUCCACCAAAAAGCGGUCGAUAGCUUAUGGACUGAUACAAGAACAAUUGUGUCAGGCGGCAAAGAUGGACUUGUGCAUAUUCUGGACCUUACAUUAAGAAAGUUAAAAUCAUUUGAUUUCAAUCAGCACGGGUCUAUUUGUCCAUUAAUUAGAGCUGCAAGCAUAUCAGGAGAUGGUGAAUGGCUAGCUGUUGGAACAUAUGGCUCAGAAAUUUAUGAAGUCAAUAUAAGAUCUAACGACUUUAGAAGACUAGUUGUAGGUCAUUAUACUCCUUCAAGAGGCAGAACUGUCACAAAUGAAGUGUGGGGACUCGCAGUUUUACCUAACAGAAAAUUAUAAAAAUUAUAAAAAUUAUUAUUUUUAUUAUAAAAAUAAAAAAGAAAAAUAAAUAGCUAACAGAAGAAACUAUAUCACAGCUUCUGAUGAUGGAACUCUAAGACUCUGGGACAUUGAAAGCAGAUCCCAAAUCCACGUGCUUAAAUUCACUGAAAAUAUUGAAAUCCCAAUCUCAGCCAUGGCUAGAUGCAUAGGUGUCCAUCCAAGCGGCUCAAUGCUUGUUGUUGGCUUUAAAGACGGCUCAUUUACCAUUAUAGACCUAAAUUCUUGGGAAAUCAUCACUCAAAAGAAAAACAGAAAAGAAGAAAUUUCUGAUGUGAAAUUUUCGCCAGACGGAGAAAAGCUUGCUGUAGGGUCUCAUGACAAUUUUAUUGACAUUUAUACGGUUUCUGAUUUUAAUCGUAUUGCAAUCUGCAAAGGACAUAGCUCUUAUAUCACUCAUUUUGACUGGUCUCAGGACUCAAAUUUCCUUCAUUCUAAUUGUGGAGCGUAUGAGCUGCUGUUUUGGGAUGCAAAUACAGGGAAACAAAUAACUUCUGGGGCCACGUCGCUGAGAGAUGAGCACUGGGCUACUUGGAGCUGUGUGAUUGGAUGGCCAGUUCAAGAAAUUUAUCCGCCUUAUUCAGAUGGGACUGAUGUGAAUGCAACUGAUAGAAGUAAGAGAAAGUUUGGAAAUAAUGAAUAUUACUUGUUAGCGACUGGUGACGAUUUUAGUACUGUUAAGGUGUUUAGGUAUCCAUGCAUUGUUAAAGGAGCUGAGUCUGCUUUAGGAAGAGGGCAUAGCUCACAUGUGACGAAUGUUAAGUUCAGUGUGGAUGAUAGGUAUUUGUUUAGUACUGGAGGAGAUGAUCAAUGCGUCUUCCAGUGGAGAGUAAUACCGAAAGCAUAA